GAUACAUCAUGAGUCAGUGUCAGUAUUGUUUUAUUGGGCUAUAAAAGGAAAGAUAGGUAUAACAAGCAGGAAAUAAGAUCUGGAUUUGUUCAAGCAGCUGUGUUGAACAGUUGUGUUUCUCUUGCUGUGAGUUUAGUAAAAUGGCAGAAGCUAAUGUUUCACUGGCUCAGGAUGAGUUCAGCUGUUCGGUCUGCCUGGAUCUCCUGAAGGAUCCAGUGGCUAUUCCCUGUGGACACAGUUUCUGUAUGGUGUGUAUUAAUGGGUUCUGGGAUGAGGAGGAUCAAAAGAAGAUCUACAGCUGCCCUAACUGCAGACACACCUUCACCUCAAGACCUGUCGUGAGUAAAAACACCAUGCUGGCUGAGGUGGUGGAGAAACUGAAGAAGACGAGACUCCAGGUUGCUCCUCCUGAUCACUCUUCUGCUGAUCCUGAAGAUGUGGAGUGUGAUUCCUGUACUGGGAGAAAACACAAAGCCGUCCAGUCCUGCCUGGUGUGUCUGGCCUCUUUCUGUGAAGCUCACCUCCAGCCUCACUACCAAUCUCCAGCCUUUAAGAAGCACAAGCUGGUCAAAGCCUCCAGACGACUCCAGGAGCAGAUCUGCUCUCAGCACGAUAAACUGCUGGAGGUUUACUGUCGCACCGACCAGCAGUGUAUCUGCAUGCUGUGCACCAUGGAUGACCAUAGAGGACAUUAUACAGUGUCACUUAAAGCAGAAAAAUCUGAGAAACAGAAGCAGGUGGUGGAAACACAGAGGAAAUACAAGGAGAGAAUCCAAAAGAAAGAGAUGGAGGUUCAGAAGUUGGCAGAAGCUGUGGAUUCUUAUAAGCGCUCUGCUCAGACAGCAGUGGAGGACAGUGAGAAGAUCUUCACUGAGAUGAUCCUCUCCAUUGAGAGAAGACGCUCUGAGGUGAGGCAGAUGAUCAGAGAUCAGGAGAAAGCUGCAGUGAGUCGAGCUGAAGAACGUCUGAAGAGACUGGAGCAGGAGAUCACAGAGCUGAAGAGGAGAGAUGCUGAUCUGGAGAAGCUUUCAUUCACAGAGGAUCACAUCCAUUUCCUCCAGAGUUUUCAGUCUCUCUCUGCUGCUCCUGGAUCUUCAUGCUUAUCCGAUAUUACUCUCAGUCCUCUCAACACUUUUGAAGUUGUUAAAAAGUCUGUUUCUCGGUUGAGAGGAAAAUUAGAGAAAUCCUGGAAAGAGGAAUUUAGAAAGACAUCAAAUGCAGUGAAAAAAUUGCAUAUAUUUUCUCUUCCUCAACCCCAAAGCAUAGAAGACUUCCUGGAGUAUUCCUGUCAGCUCACACUGGAUCCAAACACAGCCAAUAAACUCCUCCUCCUGUCUGAGAGGAACACAGUGGUGACCUGCAGCAACACAGUCCAGCCAUAUCCUGACCAUCCAGACAGAUUUAAUGGACUGGCUCAGGUUCUGUGUAGAGAGAGUGUGAGUGGACGCUGCUACUGGGAGGUUGAGUGGAGAGGAGAUGGAGGGGUUAAUAUAGCAGUGUCUUAUAAAAGCAUCUCCAGGAAGGGAUCAGGCGAGGAGUGUUUGUUUGGAUGUAAUAAUCAGUCUUGGAAAUUGGACUGUAAUUCCUCCAGAUACAUAUUUAGUUACAAUAACAGAGAAACUGUAAUCUCCAGAGCCCCCAUCUCCUCUAGAGUAGGAGUGUAUGUGGAUCACAGGGCAGGAACUCUGUCCUUCUACAGCAUCUCUGAUACCAUGACCCUCAUCCACAGAGUCCAGACCACCUUCACUCAGCCGCUCUACGCUGGGUUUGGGUUUAGCUUACAGUCAUCAGUACAUCUUUUAACAAAGAACAGAACAAAGUUUACACCUCUAUGAGACUGCAUAAGAGGUACAGAAACCAGAGAGCUGCAAAAUGUUAUAGUAGAGCUGCAAAAAUGUUAUAGUGAAGCUUUAUUUAGGGAUUGUAUUUUAUUUAAAGCUUCUUAUUCUUAUUAUGGUAAACCAAAUAACCAAAUCCAUAUGCCUUCAAAUUUUUUAUAUUGCAUGUGCCUACAGAUUUUUAUGUUGCAUGCCAUCAGAUUAUUUAUGCUCCAUAUUCCAUAUUUUUAUUUUCCAUAUGGCCUUAGAUUUGUUAUGUUCUAUAUGCCUUCAGAUUAUUUAUUUUUUUUAGUUUUCAGAUCGUUUUAAGCUGUAUUUUAAGUCCAGAAGCAGGACUAACGUCUUUGGACUUAAAGAUAUCUAAGAUUUGUAUUACUUAUUAUCUAAGCAUCCCAAGUCUUUUUUUUGGAUGAAGUGGAUGGUGAAGAUAUGCUACUUUGUCAAUAAUUACCUGCCAACAUGAAUGUUAAGAUAAUUUUAAGGAUAUUAAUGCAUUUUUCAACAAGAUGAUGCCCACAGCCUAUCCUUAAUGUUGAGUUGAGCUGUUAGAUAGCAUUGAGCUGCUGGGUAUGUUCUGGUGUUCUGACGUCAAUAACUAAAGGCUUGAGGGAACUAUAGCCAUGAUCUGACUGGAAAGUUCAAUAAGUAACAAAUGUGUAAUGUAACAAAAUGUUUUUGAAUUAAGUAAUUGAGGUAACACUGUAGUUUUUUUACUAGUAAAUGGAAGCGCUGGCUAAGUAACAGUUCUUUAGUGUGAUGCUACACAACUGGCCUGUUCUCAGCUGGUUUCUGUAACUGCUGUUUGAUUAAUUAUUUAACAGUUACAGUAAUCGUUUCAAGUGUAAUAGUAACUGUUUCAGUGUAACAGUAAAAGUUUUAAUGUAAUGGAAACCCUUUGAAUCUAACAGUAAUUGAUCAUUGUAACAGUAAUUGUUUGAAUGUAACAGUAAUUGUGUUUAAAUGUAACAGUAAUGGUUUGAAUGUGAUAAUUGUUUAAUAGUAAUUGUGUAUUUGUAACAGUAAUUGUUUAUUUGUAACAGUAAUUGUUUAUUUGUAACAGUAAUUGUUUAAUUGUAACAGUAAUUGUUUAUUUGUAACAGUAAUUGUUUAAAUGUAACAGUAAUUGU